AUGGCUAACUCCAACCCAGCACGGUCGCACCAGCGCAGGCGCAGCGAAGCGCAGACGCAAAACAGUUACGUCCAAUACCACGACCCAGAGAAAGGCAUUUCCUGGGCAGAACCUGUCGAGCAAGACCUUUCGAUAUUGCUGAAUCCAAUACCCGUUGUCGAUUCACAAUUUCCUCGAAAACAACAUGUUAAACGACGGCCGGUCAAUCCAAUAAUAUCCACCACUCCUCCCACGACCGAACGGAGCGACGGUCCUCUCUCUCCGAUCAUUCCUUCUCCUCUAAGGAUCCGUAAACCCAGACCCUUUGCUCCGGCAAUGCCUCCCUCACCUGCCCGCCAGGUACGACUGCUGAUUGCAUCCAUCGGCAAUCCACCUCCGUAUCACACCACGCGACACUCGGCCGGACACCUGUUGUUGAAGACGUUGGCUGCACACAUGAACUUCCCUCCACUUUCACGAAGUAAAGUCCUCGGGUCAGGCAGUGCGAGCUUGGGCUCCGACCGCGGCAGUCCCGAAUAUACACUCUGGCAGAGCGCCAGCCUGAUGAACGUUUCGGGCGCCGGCACGAUCAAGGCGUGGAAACAGUUCAACACCCUACAUUCUGCGUCUCCGGACUCCGACGUUGUUACUGCGUUGGUUAUUUUGCACGACGAGCUUGAGUCGUCGAUCGGCACGAUCAAACUGCGCCGAGGCGAGACCAGCCCCAAGGGCCACAACGGAAUCAAAUCGAUACAGUCGUCACUCAAAUCCGCGAGCAUGCUGCCCUCAAUGGGUGAUCGGUUCAUCAAAAUCGGCAUCGGAAUUGGUCGGCCUCAAUCACGAGAGAAAGACGAUGUUAGUGCCUGGGUGCUGGGCCAGGCGACACAUGUGGAACGGACAAAGAUCGAGGCUGCGGCCGAUAGUGUGAUGGCGGUGUUGAAGAGUGAGAUUGCGAGGUUGGAGAGGACUUGA